UGUUGAUCCUGCCUUUCCACCAAUGAACAAUAAUGGAGAGAUGGAGAAAAAGCACACACACAAAAAGGCUGGCUGGAUAGAAUAUUUGAAAGGCAAUCAAUCUAACAAGCAAACACAGAAUAAAAAGUAAAUUAUUUUUUUUUACACCCCAGUAAGUCCAAUCUGCGUCAUAACCACCCAGCAGGAAUUUAUCAAAUGAAAAAAUGGCUUUAGCUAAAGUACAGACUCUUUUAUAUUUAUGUUUACUUUUUCUAUCUAGCUUCAGAGGUCUAGUCUACUGUUGGAUUGGAGAGACACCUUGUGGGGAAAGAAAGGCUGCCAGUUUUUCUACUAAUAUACAGAAAUAGAGCUCACAAAGAGAAGAUGUGGAAGAACAGAAGUAGAAUAAGGGAAGAGGGAUCAAACAUUUUGAAGGAGUUGGUUGCCUUCAUCUUCUCUGUGGAACCACUAAUAAAGCUUUCUAGAAAAAGAAGAAAGAAAGGAAAGAUCCGGUAAUGAUUCAUAAGUGACCUAUCCAACUAAAACCUGGAACGCUAAUGACCCUACCUGUCAUCCCUUAACAAUCUACUAACAAGCUUAAAAGCACCAGUAAGAAUAGCAUUAAGACACAAAACAGCUCAUACAAAGAAAAGGAACACAGGAUUUAAGGAGAAGCUUUCAUUUUUUAGAAGAAGAUCUAAUGAAGAAAACAUGGUGGAUUUGUAUUUGUGGAAUGAUCAUUGCAGCUUUACUCCCGGCUAGUUGGCAAAUGAUCCUGAAGGAUUCAACGGAUGAGUCUAAAUGGCAGCAGUCUUACAACAUGAAAAGCGCCCACAGCUUUACUUCUGACAUCAAACGCCAUUCUGAAGGGACCUUUACCAGCGAUUUUACUGAACAUUUGGACAACAUGAAAGCCAGAGAUUUCGUGCACUGGCUUAUCAACGCCAAACGUUACAGGUAG